AUGGGCAAAGCCAAGAAAGCAAAAUCAAAUUCAAAAGCAUCAGUCAAAGCAGCUAAAAAAGAAAAACAAGCUAAAAAAUUAGAACAAAAAUCAAAAAAACAAAUUAAAGCUGAAAAAGUUGCAGAAGAAGAAGACCUUUUAGUUACAUUAGAAGAAUUUAGAAAGAAAUGGGAAGAUGAUCAUAAAGUUACUGAAGAUCUGAUCGAUGGUCCUCCAAGUAGAAGAGCCAAUGCUUCAUUAACUCCUGAUCCAGUUAACCCACAUCUUUGGUUAUUUGGAGGCGAAUUCUUUGAUGGAACUCACGCAUUUUUCUACAACGAUUUAUAUCGGUUUUCACCCGAUAAGAAUGAAUGGAGAAGAUAUAGUUCACCAACAUUUCCAGGACCUAGGUCUGCUCAUCAAAUUGUAGCAACACCAGCAGGUGGUGGAAAACUUUGGUUGUUUGGCGGAGAGUUUGCAUCAGUCAAUCAAACUUCAUUUCAUCAUUACCGUGACUUGUGGUGUUUUGAUCUAGGGACUCAUACAUGGGAAAGAAUUAAUACAAAGCUCAUGCCAUCGGCUCGUAGUGGACAUCGAAUGACGGUCUGGAAACAAUGGAUUGUACUGUUUGGCGGCUUUCACGAUGUGGGAAUCCGUACCAAUUAUUUGAAUGAUCUUUGGUUAUUUGACACUCUCGAGUACAAAUGGCAACAAUUCACUGUUAAAGAUACUGAACGAUGGCCAAGUCCUCGAUCAGGGUUCAGUCUCUUAUCUACACCAGAGGGGAUAGUCUUACAUGGCGGGUAUUGUAAGAUCUAUACCACCAAGACGAAAUCAAAAGGUGUUGCCUUGGACGAUACAUUCUUUCUCAAAUUAGAUUCGACAAAGGCAGAUUGGAUGAAGACUUUGAAGUGGGAUAAACGGAAGAAAGUUGGAACGAUGCCAAAUCUCAGAAGUGGAUCUACAAUGGUGAAUUGGGUAAACAAAUCCAUGGGGAUCGGUUUUGGAGGAGUAUUAGAUGUAGCAGAUGAAGAAGAAGGAUUAGUCAGUGAAUUUUAUAAUGACUUGUACGCAUACCAGUUGACUGGAAAUGGUCGAUGGAUGAUACUCAAUCUCAAAAAGAAGAAGAAACCUGGUCAAGCAAAGCGUAAGAAGGCUCAAAACCAAGAGCAAGCGCCUGAUCAUUCACCACCGAAACAGGAACCUGAAGAGAUGAUCGAAGACGAAGAUUUGGAUGAUGAGGAACGGGCUGAAGAAGCUAGAUUGAGAGCUGAACAAGCUUUGCGAGAUGAUCUGAAACGUGCCAAAGAGCCACCUGUUCCAUCAGUACCUGCAAAGGCAGAUGAGACACCAGUGGAUGAUAACAUGGAUGAUCCAGAGAAAUCGAUUCCCUUGGCACGAUACAAUCCAAUGCUAGCGGUCUUGAAAAAUACCCUUUACAUUUAUGGUGGGAUAUUCGAGGCUGGCGACAGAGAAUACACUUUACAAUCAUUUUAUUCUCUUGCUCUGGAUAAGCUAGAUCGGUAUAUGUGUUUGCGAGAUGACGAUAUACAUGAGCAUGAGUGGAAUGAGGAAGUUGAAAGUAGCGAGAGUGAUGAUGAGGAAAAUGAAGAUCAAGACGAAAAUGAUAGUGACGGUGACGGUGCUUCUAGUGAAAGUGGUGAUGAUGAAGCUGAAGCUGAAGCUGAAAUUCAUGAAAUGGUGGUAGAUGCAGAUAUCAAGGACGAAGAACAAGCCAAAGAAGAAUUGAGGGCGCGUGCAGAAGCAUUCAUCGGAGUCUCUAAGGGUGCUGAAAGAUCAAUAGAUGAAGUCAUGAGCACACCACUGCCCGGUGAAUCUCUGAAAAAGUUUUAUGAUCGUAGUCGAGAAUACUGGGCACAGAAAGCCCAUACAACUUCUCAGCACCGUGGCAAAGAGCUUCGGAGAGAUGAGGAAUUAACGGCUUUCCCUUUACUUUAUCCACAUGAUGGCCUCAACUACAAAGGCUUUUCUCAUGCUGAAGAACGAUAUAACGAAUACAAACCAUUGCUGGAUGAAAUUGAACGCAUACAGGCCGAAGCUGGCAUCGAAGCUGCAGAUGUUCAGCAUCGCACAGGGCCGGGUGCAAGCGGUGUUGGUCAAGAAAGUCGACAUCGACGAUGA